AUGGGGCAGCAGGACGAGGAGGCCCAUGGGAAACCAGUCAAAUACGACCCUUCCUUCCGAGGCCCCAUCAAGAACAGGGGCUGCACAGACAUCAUCUGCUGUGUCCUCUUCCUGGUCUUCAUUUUGGGUUACAUUGUAGUGGGCCUUGUAGCCUGGGUGUAUGGGGACCCCAGACAAGUCCUCUAUCCUAGGAACUCCACCGGGGCCUACUGUGGGCAAGGGGAGAACAAAGACAAACCAUAUCUACUAUACUUCAACAUCUUCAGCUGCAUCCUGUCUACCAAUGUCAUCACAGUUGCCACAAAUGGUCUGCAAUGCCCCACACCUCAGGUGUGCGUGUCCUCCUGCCCAGAGUCCCCAUGGACAGUGGAUAAACAGCAGCUCUCCCAGACAGUUGGGGAGGUCUUCUAUGCCACAAAUCGAAACUUCUGUCAGCCAGGAGUAUCCCCAGAGAUGAAAGUGCUCAAAAGCCUGGAGCAAGAGCUCUGCCCUAGUUUCCUCCUCCCCUCCAGUCCAGCUCUGGGGCGCUGUUUUCCAUUGUCCAACAAUACCCUACCUGAACUCCCAGGGAUCUCUGGUAACAUCUCCCAGAGCAUCAGUGGUCUCCUUGACAGCCUCAAUGCCCGAGACAUCAGCGUAAAGAUCUUUGAAGAUCUUGCCCAAUCCUGGUAUUGGAUUCUUAUAUGCCUCGCUAUAUCUCUGGUCCUGAGCUUGCUGUUUAUCCUGCUUCUGCGCCUGGUGGCCGGGCCCCUGGUGCUGGUGCUGAUCGUGGGUGUGCUUGGCGUGCUGGCCUAUGGCAUCUACCACUGCUGGGAGGAGUACCGCGUGCUGAGAGACAGGGGCGCCUCCAUCUCCCAGCUGGGCUUCACCACCGACCUCAGCGCCUACCGCAGCGUGCAGGAGACCUGGCUGGCUGCCCUGAUCAUACUUGCAGUGCUUGAAGGCAUCCUGCUACUGAUGCUCAUCUUUCUGAGGCAGCGGAUUCGCAUCGCCAUCGCUCUCCUGCAGGAGGCCAGCAGGGCUGUGGGACACAUGAUGUCCACCUUGUUCUACCCACUGGUCACCUUCGUCCUCCUGCUCAUCUGCAUUGUCUACUGGGCCAUGAUGGCUCUGUACCUGGCCACGUCAGGGCAGCCCCAGUAUGUCUUGUGGGCACCCAAUACAAGCUGGCCAGGCUGUGAGAACGUGUCAAUAAAUGCGUCGUGUGACCCCAUGAAUCCAUCAAAAACCUCAUGUCCAGGGGAGAUGUGUGUCUUCCAAAGCUACUCCUCCACAGGCCUAGUACAGCGCACUCUCUUCAACCUGCAAAUCUACGGAGUCCUCGGCCUCUUCUGGACUGUCAACUGGGUGUUAGCCCUGGGCGAGUGUGUCCUGGCUGGAGCCUUUGCCUCCUUCUACUGGGCCUUCCACAAGCCCCGGGACAUCCCCACCUUCCCCCUGAGUGCUGCCUUCAUCCGCACACUCCGUUACCACACUGGAUCGCUGGCUUUUGGAUCGCUCAUCCUAACCCUCGUGCAGAUAGCCCGGGUCAUUCUGGAGUACAUUGAUCACAAGCUGAGGGGAGCCCAGAAUCCUGUGGCUCGCUGCAUCAUGUGUUGCUUCAAGUGCUGCCUCUGGUGUCUAGAGAAGUUCAUCAAGUUCCUAAAUCGCAAUGCAUACAUCAUGAUUGCCAUCUACGGGAAGAAUUUCUGUGUCUCAGCCAAAAAUGCCUUCAUGCUGCUCAUGCGGAACAUCGUCAGGGUGGUUGUCCUGGAUAAAGUCACAGACCUGCUGCUGUUCUUCGGGAAGCUCCUGGUGGUUGGAGGCGUCGGGGUCCUGUCCUUUUUCUUUUUCUCUGGUCGCAUCCAGGGGCUGGGUAAGGACUUCGAGAACCCCUCCCUCAACUAUUACUGGCUGCCCAUCAUGAUCUCCAUCCUGGGGGCCUACAUCAUUGCCAGUGGCUUCUUCAGUGUUUUUGGCAUGUGUGUAGACACACUCUUCUUAUGUUUCUUGGAAGACCUGGAACGGAACGAUGGCUCUCCGGAUCGACCUUACUACAUGUCCAAAGGCCUUCUGCAGAUUCUGGGCAAGAAAAACAAGGCGCCCCCAGGAGACAAGAAGAGGAAGAAGUGA